AUGCUUUACGAGUUAGCUGCUAUUGCGAGGGUGGCUAACCCUUUAGCUGCUCAUGUUGAGGCAAAAGAAUUAGCGACAACGCUGGGAAAGAUGAUCAUUAGAAAUAACGGUGUCGUUCGAGAAGUGAUUGGAUUGGGACUCAAGCCAUUACCUAAAAUUUUCAAGAAAGCGGGCGAAAGACAUUUCCAGGGUUCCCAUUUCGUAAUCCUAUUUGAUUCCUCUAGUGCUGUCCAGCGUGAAAUCCUCAGAUCCUUGAAAAAUGAUCCAAGAGUCAUCAGAUCGUUUUUGACUAAAGUGGACGAUUCAAAAAAUUAUAAUGCUGGCUCGUCAGUGACAAGAGCUAUCAAGGCUAUCAAAGAACAUGGGUAUGAGAAAUCAAUUCCACUAUAG